UAGAAUAGCUGGCACUGUAUGGUUUCCUGGUGACUGAGGUAACACCAGCAUAGCUGGCUCUGUCUUUUUUCUAGAUGAAUAGGAUGACACUCACAUAGCUGGCUCUGUCUUUUUUCUAGAUAAAUAGGGUGACACUGUCACAUAGCUGGCACUGUCUGGUUUCCUGGUGACUGAGGUAAAACUAGAAUAGCUGGCACUGUCUUUUUCCUGAUAACUGGGGUGACACUGUAGAAUAGCUGGCACUGUCUGGUUUCCUGAUGACUGGGGUGACACUGUAGAAUAGCUGGCACUGUAUGGUUUCCUGAUGACUGGGGUAACACUAGCAUAGCUGGCACUGGUUUUUUCUAGAUGAAUAGGAUGACACUGUCACAUAGCUGGCACUGUCUUUUUUUCCUGAUUACUUGGGUGACACUCUAGCAUAGCUGGCACUGUCUUUUUUUCUGGUGACUUGCCCCCCACCCCUGUGUCCAGUACCUGUGGCAAUAUAUAAGACCUCCAGAGCAUUUGUUUUUCCCAUUUCCCCCUUUAUAUAAACAUCCUGUAUGACCCCAUUGUAAACGGUCCGUUCAAAGUUAAAAAUAAGAUAAAAAACGAAAUUCAGUAACGUAUCCUUCAUGCCUCAAUGAAUUCCUUCGGUAUAAAUUACCCCUUUUGGAGGGAAAUACCAGUUCAGCCAUACUGCAGGGUUAACAAAAUGGUAACGGCUAAGAAGUGGGUGUUGGUGAAACAGUUUGUGGGAAAACCAAAGGAGAGUGACUUUUCCCUGGAAGAAGAAACGAUCCCAGACGAGGUCAACGAUGGAGGGGUGCUGUGCGAGGCGUUAUACCUAUCUGUGGAUCCCUAUAUUAGGUUCUUGAGCAAUGUGAUGAUGAAACCAGGAGAUACACUUGUGGGGGAACAGAUCGCCAGAGUUAUCGCCAGUAAGAACCCAAAGUACGCUGUCGGUGAGGUCAUACGCCUGUCAUCCGGCUGGCGGUCACACACCCUCGUCACAGACGUGACACAGAUUGACACCAUGCCUGAACUAGGUGAUCUCCCCUUAUCAUUCGCCCUGGGGGCUGCAGGGGUGACCGGACUGACGGCGCUGUUCGGUCUGGAGGACAAGCUGAAGCCGAUGGAAGGGGAGACGGUGCUCGUGAACUCGGCUGCCGGAGCCGUGGGAAGUGUGGUCGGACAGUUAGCAAAAAUGAAAGGGUGUACUGUGAUCGGGUUCGCUGGGACAGACGAUAAAGUCCGAUGGCUGACGGAGCUUGGAUUCGACCAUGCCUUCAAUUACAAAAAGGUCGACAUUGACGAGGCCCUCUCCAUGGCAGCACCCAGUGGUGUCAACUGUUACUUUGACAAUGUCGGAGGAUGUUUAAGUACCCAGAUGCUCCAGCACAUGCACAGGAAUGCACGUGUGCUAAUUGCCGGCAGUAUUGCAACCUACAACGAUAUUGGGAAAUCUACAGGUCCUUAUCUGUUUGAAGAUAUCCUCAAAAAGUGUAUGAGUGUAACCGGCUUUUCUAUCUACGACACGUAUCCAAAAUGGCGAGAUGGAGAGGCUCAGUUGGCCAGCUGGAUACAACAGGGGAAACUCCAGCAUCGGGAGACAGUCACGGAGGGGUUCGAAUUUAUGCCCCAGGCUUUUAUGGGAUUGUUUGAGGGAAUUUGCACUGGAAAGGCCCUCGUUAAAGCAUAACAAUAAUAAACAGUUUAAUCGUUAUUUAAAUCGCUAAGAAAACAACACGUUUUCCUGAUAAACUUUGUUGUAUAAGCUCAAACAGAAUCUGUGGUUUCUUCCACAGAGACAAUUGUUAAAACUCAAAUAAGAACAAAGAUAAACAGCCUAUUCUUGUACAAGUCAAACAUUUGCUAGACGUUUUUGAUAAAAUAUAAAUAGUUCUCGUAUAAAAGAUUAUAUCAAAUACUGGUAUCAUUGCCCCAGUUUCUCUGGGUUUCAUUAAGUGAUGUCAUUGUCAACCUAUCUGCUGAAAGUACAGGAGAUACUUACUGAUAUUUAGGAGCAGGUUUUACCCAAUCGCCACCCAAUUUAAAAAAAAAAUAGACUUGUUUUUCCACUCCUAAACGAUACACCCCGAUACUGGUAUUAGAUUCUAUCGUAGAGGAGCGGAGUUACAUGUCUUAUUUCAAUUAGAUUGGUCUCCACCAGAAGGGUGAAUUGUUAAAAUACUUGUAAAUGUGAAAAUAUCAGGACAACUUUUCAUUUGACAAAUAAAUGAUAUCGAAUCAUAAAAAA